AUGGACAGACAUAGAACUCUGCAAGAAGGGGAAUCCAGGUCUGCCGGCAGACUGGUGGAGCAUGUGAUUGUGCCAAACCCUACUCUCAAUAGGGAUGAGAGGCAUGAAGUUAGAACGCGCCUCCAAGAUCCGAGAGAUAGCAGACUCUUCAUCAUAGAGUUCGGAUGGGAAUUCUUUCAAAGGUACUGGAACAGAAUACUCAUCAUCGGACGGUGUUUGAACCAUGACCAUCUGUCGACUUACAUCGACGACAAGCAAUGGAAAGAAGUAGAGAAUGAUUGUGAAGAUGCAAUUGACCGCAUCCGAGUAAAGUGCAGGCUUUCAAACACUGUAAAGAAAGCUCUCUGCAGAAAUCCCACUGCGGUGGAAUGGAGCUUGGACAAUUAUGGCUGUCCAGAGGAAUUUCCAGCAAAACAUUUGAAGGAUAAGCGUAGAGGUUGGUUCAACCUGGUAUGCACCAACAUAAUGCCCACCAAAUCUUACCAGUUUGUGUCCAUUGACAGAGCCCUGUUGAUAUUUGCCAUCAUCAACAAUAUUACAGUCGAUGUCGCUUCCAUCAUCCGCCAACAAAUGGACAUUUGUGCAGUAGAUGAGAAGGAGAAGGGUUGGUUCUUUCCGGGCCUUUUAACAAGGUUGAUGAAACUGUCCGGUGUCAUUUUUGGACCUCAUGAUGAAAGUUCACUUCUGCCACUACCUUGGUCCUUGCAAGGACCACCACCAGAUUAG